AUGCAUUUAAAAUAUUUAAUAAUAUUGUUAUUGGAGAUAGUAUUAUUAGUCGAUGGAGGUAAACACUUUAGACUUGGACGAAGUAAAGGUGGGAAUUUAGGUGCACCCGGCAAUUACUCGGGUGAAACAUUACCACCUGCCGAAUGGUUUAUACAAAAAUUAGAUCAUUUUAGCCCUACCGAUUUAAGGACUUGGAAACAGAGAUAUUAUGUGAAUGAUAGCUUCUAUGACUAUAAAAAUCCGGGUCCCAUAUUUCUUAUGGUCGGUGGAGAGGGCCCAGCUGAUCCGAGAUGGAUGGUUAAAGGCACUUGGAUUGAUUAUGCUAAAACUUUUAAAGCUCUCUGUAUCAACUUAGAGCAUCGAUAUUAUGGAGAGAGCCACCCCACUGCUGACCUUAGCACAAAGAACUUGCAAUACUUAUCGUCUAGCCAAGCAUUAGCAGACCUGGCGAACUUCAUCACAGUAAUGAAUGAGAAGCUCAAAUUAAACAAGGAAGUAAAAUGGGUGGCAUUUGGCGGAUCUUACCCUGGAUCAUUGGCUGCUUGGUUGCGGAUGAAGUAUCCCCACCUGGUAUUUGCAGCUGUUUCCUCCAGUGGACCAUUAUUGGCGAAAGUCAAUUUCAUGGAGUAUUUUCAAGUGGUGGUGAAUGCGCUGCGUGAGAAAACGGGUGGGGAGGAAUGCGUCGAUCAGCUGCGUCUUGCGCACAAACAGAUAGAGGAUAUGAUGAAGACUGAGCCGGAUGCUAUUGAAAAGGAAUUUAGGGUUUGCAAACCGUUUGUUAGAGCUACAAAGAACGAUUUGAAGAAUUUUUUCAACUCCAUAGCGGAUGACUUUGCGGACUUGGUCCAAUACAACGAAGAUAAUCGUAUCAGCUCUGACAGCAAGUACAGAAAUAUCACUGUUAAUACUGUAUGUAAAAUGUUGACGGAGCCCGGCGAAAGUUCAGCCUACAAACGUCUGGCUGCCUUUAACUCAAUCAUGUUGGACAAAGCUAACCAGACAUGCAUGGACUACAGUUACAACAACAUGAUCAAUGACUUGAGGAAUAUAACUUGGGGAUCGGAGGGAGCCCGUCAGUGGAUGUACCAGACGUGCACCGAGUUUGGUUUCUACCAAACCUCAUCCGGCGAGGUGGAGGUGUUCGGUGACCACUUCUCUUUGGACUUCUUUAUACAGCAGUGUCAAGACGUUUUCGGUGCAAAAUUCAACGAAGAUUUCAUAGAUAAUGUGGCAGACUGGACCAACAGUUACUACGGAGGGCUGGGCAUCUCGGUGAGUCGCGUUGUGUUCGUCCACGGCUCCAUAGACCCUUGGCACGCGCUCGGAUUGACAACUACAGAGGAUAACGACGCUCCUGCUAUAUACAUACACGGUACCGCUCACUGUGCGAACAUGUACCCGGCCAGCGAAAGCGACCCUCCCGAAUUGACGGAAGCACGUCUUGAGAUACGACAGUUAAAUGUAAAAUAA